AUGCGCGUUAACCUAGUCGAUGGAGAAAUUGAUGCUAUAGAAGAGGGGAACUUGAAGGGGAAAAGUAAAAAUGGAGAAUAUGUGCAAGGGAAUGACGAAUCAAAUGGGUACACAGAAUUGGGAAGAAAAUCCCAAGUGCAAAAAGACUUAACGAGCGAAAGGUAUCGCAUACGUGAAAACUACAUAGGUUAUAAGCAAACGUUCCAUGAAAAGGGGAAUCUGGUUGAUAUCAAGAUGGAGGGAGAGUCCAAUGCUAAGGAGGAUAUCUGGUUGCAAUCCCCCCACAACGAUACAGAACAUUACAACAUCAUGUCCAGCACUGAAACAGUGGCGUCUUCAAAUGAUAGUAUUGCGGACAUGUACGAAACAAACUACAAAUAUUUCUCAGUGAGGAAAUCUUCCCUCAGUGAAGACUCCCUAGGAUCAGCAUCCGACGGGCAACAUAAUUUAAAGUUGGACAAAAUCAAGCGCAGCAAAAACGGUAUAUUCGAAGAGGAUAGACGGAUUCUUAGGCUUCCCAAACUGUAUAGAACGUGUGAACCCCUCAAUGGGAAGACACGCACAGAGGAAAACGCUUUAUCAAAGGAUGCCAAGGAGGAAAAACACAAAAGAGACGACCAUGUGGUGUACCUACCAAACCGCGUCUACCUGCAAAGAAGCAAUGGGAAGGUUGUAGAAAAGAAUAGCAUAAGCAACUUCAACCCGCUAGUCCAUGUAAGUAAUAUGAACUAUUACUGUAAUCCUUGUGCAAAGCAAAACGGUAAAGACAAUCACUUCACUUAUGACUGCACGUAUGAUAAUCAAAAUGGAUCAUUGCGGUAUCGCUGUCACCCCUCGUGUGAGCAGCAUGACAGCAAGUGUCUUCAUGAAGGAGACCGCUUUAAACAAAAUGAGGGUAAUUUUUAUAUGAACAAAAAAUGCUCACUAGAAUUUGAUAAUUAUUUGAAAGGCAUGUACUUCACGAAGAGGUCCUAUAUGGAGGCAGAACUGAGGAAAAAAUGCAGCCAUUAUUUUCUACCCCUUAGAAGGCCCUUCCGUGAUGAUGGUUCUAGCGGGAGGCCCGUUGCCUCUGGUGGCCUCCUCCGUAAGCGUGAAAGUGGUUCUAGCGGCAGAUUUAGCGAUGAAUCUAGCGGCAACUUCAUCUUCGGAUUAAGCGCUGACCCUGUUGACCCUGGUGAGCGGCUCAACGAUGGGACCCACCCGCACGGGGAAAAGCAUCAAAACGGCUCGCACAACCUGAGAAAGGGACACAAAUGUAAUGGGGACGAAUAUCACCCAGGAAAAAAUGCCGACCACGAGAGCCCAUCAUGUCCGAAAAGAAAUAAUUUAUUUUCCCAAUUGCUUAAAAAUCUCAAGCUGUUGGGAUAUGCCAUAUUUUUUUGCUUCUUCAUGAGCAACGGAAAUAAGGAAAUGAAGGAAAAACAAAACUCCACGCGCAGCGGGAAAAGAACCUUUCCCCACUCGUCCUCCCUUAAGAGUGAAAGGAUGCGAAAACAGAGCCUCCAAGCGGAGCUGAAACAGAUCGCAUCGAAAAAAAAGACGCACAAUAUGCAAAAAUGA